AUGUAUAAUAUGGAAUUACGGACAGACUACCGUCUUGUCGUCCGGAAAGAGGUCGAAAGGACUGUAACCGUCUACUGUGCCGGUGGCAACAAGCCACGGCCCUCGCAGGCUGCUGAGCGCUGGCAGUUCCCUGACACCUGGUUCCCUGCCGGUAGGUGCGCUUGCGCUCCCGCUAGGUACACAGUUGGUGGGCAUGGCUGCCCAGUCAUCUUUGUCUCUAUGGCCCCUGUUGGGGGUGUUGUUUUUGUUGUUGUUGCUGUUGCUGCUGUUGUUGUUGUUCUUGGUCAAAAACCUGGUCAUUUGCUGUGUGGACCAGGAGGUGUGGAGUGGAACGUCAAGGUGUGGGCCCGGCCGCGCCCUCCACCUGCUUCCUCCCCCGCCUCCGGUCUUCUUGACUGUGCCUCGUCGCCGGGCUCAGGUGGGAGAGGAGGAGAGAGUGCGGUAGAUGCUGCGCAACGUGUCAACGUGGAAAUCGUCGGAUGCAACGGUCGAACUGCCACGUCACGUCAGAAGGCUUGGCCCCCAGUUCUGGCUGAAUAG